UGUUUACACAUUAUCUUCUAUAUUCCUCUGUAAACUCGGACUUAGUCCUUGGUCUUAUCUAUAUAUCCUGGAUAAAACCGCUGGGACCAAAGAUUUUGUGGUCAAGAACAAGUAAAUCAUACGCAUAUUACAACAAUGAAAAAUACAUGAACUCGGAUGCAGCUCAAUGAUAAUGUAGUUAAAUUCAUCUUCUGACCAAGGAUGAGUAAACUGUACUUCUAAAGUCCUCUUGUCAAGUGUUUGCAUUGAUGUUAACGGGAGAAAUGAAGUGUUUACUUUAGAGUAUAAUUUUCCACAUGGCUUACUCGGGAAUUAAGUAUACAAACGUUGAAGGUGGGCAGGAAUUUUCCCUGGCUGACAAUAUGGACGGUAAACGUGUGACUUUUGACAAAAGUUCUCAUCUCAAUGGAAAGGAAAUGCAGCAAGUUCCACCUGAAGAGAUCAAGUUGAAAGAUAGAAGCAUCGUUCUGUCACCAUGGAAACGACGCUUGCAGACGUACCGCAAACGUGGUCUUUAUCUAACACUGUUUUUCCUGUAUACCGUUUAUGUCAUAUUUUCUUUAAUUUACGAUCCUAAUGGGGCGAUAUUUGUUUGUUUACUGGAGGCGGUGUUUCUCUUUGUGGUGAUUUUUAACGUCUUUAAAGUUGACAUUUGGGAACCUGUGCUGUCAUUACAGAAAAAAUGUCUAAUUCAUGUGAAACGACCAUUAAGGACAAAAAUUAGAAUAAUUAUAACGGUUUUGGUGGCCCUUGGUUUGAUUGCUUUUCUGGUAUGGGACAUAUGGUCCGACGUCCACAGAUUUAUUCCUAUUGGAGGAAUAGCUUUGUUUGUUAUAUGCUUAUGGGUUACUUCUUCCUCGCCAAAGAAGGUUGCGUGGAUGACCGUUAUUUGGGGAAUUCUCCUUCAGUUUGGAAUGGGGCUCAUUAUUUUAAGAUGGCCCCCGGGGUAUGCCGCCUGUAAAUUUUUGGGGGACUGUGUCAGCCAGUUUUUGUCCUAUACAGAUGAAGGUUCCAAGUUUGUGUUCGGUGAUCCGGGAUACACACUGCAUCCUGUGGCUUUUGGGGUUCUUCCGGUUGUAAUAUUCUUUAGCUCAAUUGUGUCUGUUCUUUACUAUCUUGGUAUCAUGCAAUUUGUGAUCCGCGCCAUAGCUGCCGUCCUGCGAUUUGUGAUGCAGACGACAGCAAUCGAAUCAUUCGCUACCGCAGCUCACAUAUUCAUUGGGCAGGUGGAGUCUAGCGUUGUCUUGAAACCUUUUCUCAAUGACUUAACAUUAUCGGAGUUGCAUGCAGUUCUAACCAGCGGCUUUGCAACAGUUGCUGGAACCGUAAUUGCUGCUUACAUCGAAUUCGGGGUCCCUGCAGAACAUGUUAUAUCUGCUUCCUUCAUGUCGGCGCCCGCUGCUCUCGCAGUUGCCAAACUUGCGUUUCCAGAGACCAAAGUUGCGAAGCCUCUCAUUGGUAAAGACAUGGAAUUAGAAGUUGGAAAAGAACAGAACAUAAUGGAGGCGGUUUCUGUCGGGGCGAUGGGAGCUGUGAGGCUGAUAGCCAACGUAGUCGUCAAUCUCGUGGCCUUUGUCGCCAUACUUGCUUUUCUAGACGCCGUUCUGUCUUAUUUUGGUAGUCGUAUAGGCUACCCAGAAAUAUCAUUCGACUUCCUUUGUUCGUACAUUUUUAUGCCUUUGGCGUUUGUUAUGGGUAUCCCUUGGCCACAAUGUCGUCUGGUAGGAAAGCUCAUAGGGAAAAAGAUUGUUAUCAAUGAAUUCCUGGCCUUUGCUGACCUCGGUACAUUUAUAAAAGCAGGCGAGAUCGAGGGACGCAGUAUGGUGGUGUCUACCUAUAUUUUAUGUGGGUUUGGCAGUAUAGCCGCCAUGGGGAUUAAUCUGGGGGCACUUUCGGCUGCCGAACCACGCAGACGACAAGAUUUAGCCAAACUGAUGCUGCGUGCUGUAGUGGCAGGGAAUAUCGCGUGUUUCAUGACAGCAUGUGUUGCUGGUCUUCUUUAUCAAGAUGUCUCUGUCCUACAGUCAUUUAGUAAUUCUACCAAUGUUUCAAAUUCUACUUUAUUUAAUGCAACGGAACAGAGUCAUAAUUUUACAGCAACAUUCCAAAGUACUACUACUACACAACUUUCAGUAACCGGACUGUAAAAAUAGACUGUAACAUCUUAGUAAAUACCGAUAUUUCUUUUAUCUCCACAAAAUAUUCAGAGUUU